AACAUGUGCUCGAUGUAAUUCAAGUGUCGAAAAAUUUGUGAAUUUUACGAAAGAAUUAUGUUCAUAAAUGGUAUUAAAGGUUUUUCUGUGUGGAUUGAAGAAACUAGGGAAGUAUUGCUUUUAAUGAAAUAUAUGUGGCAUGUUAUCACCUAGCAAAUUAUGUGCUUUGCUGAAUAUUUCUGAUGUAAAUGGCGCUAAAAGUGUGGAGGCUAAAACCAAAGCUGUAAGGAAAGUACAAAUGAACGAAAAUGAUUUUAAUGUGGAAUUGGAACCGUUGCUUAAGAAUAACCCUCGAAGAUUCGUGGUCUUCCCCAUACAGUGGCCUGAUAUUUGGCAAAUGUACAAAAAAGCUGAAGCCUCCUUUUGGACUGUAGAAGAAGUUGAUCUCUCGAAGGAUGUUGCAGAUUGGAAUAGUUUAAAUAACAACGAGAGGCAUUUUAUAUCUCACGUGUUGGCAUUUUUUGCAGCCUCCGAUGGCAUUGUCAACGAGAAUCUUGUUGAACGAUUUAGUCAGGAGGUGCAAGUAACAGAGGCACGUUGCUUCUAUGGUUUUCAAGUUGCCAUGGAAAAUGUGCAUUCAGAAAUGUAUUCUUUGUUGAUCGAUACUUAUAUUUUGGACAUAAAAGAAAGAGACUUUUUAUUCAACGCGAUUGAAAAUUUACCAUGCGUUGCAAAGAAAGCUAAUUGGGCGCUAAAUUGGAUAAACCACGAAACCGCCACUUUUCCUGAACGCGUAGUUGCAUUUGCUGCGGUGGAAGGUAUCUUUUUCAGUGGCAGUUUUGCCGCUAUUUUUUGGUUAAAGAAACGAGGUCUUAUGCCAGGACUAACGUUUAGUAAUGAACUUAUUUCUAGAGAUGAGGGAUUACAUUGUGAUUUUGCAUGUUUAUUGUUUAAACAUAUUGUACAGAAACCGUCUACUAAACGAAUCGUGUCAAUCAUUAAAGAUGCUGUUGAAAUUGAACAAGAAUUUUUGACGGACGCUUUACCAGUUGAAAUGAUCGGCAUGAAUUGUAAACUCAUGUGUCAGUACAUUGAAUUUGUUGCAGAUAGAUUACUCAUUGAACUGGGUUGUGAAAAGAUUUACAUGUCUAAGAAUCCAUUCGACUUCAUGGAGCACAUUUCCCUAGAAGGUAAAACUAAUUUUUUUGAAAAGAAAGUUGGAGAAUAUCAAAAGUGGGGGGUCAUGCAAGACAAAAUCGAAAGUAAUUUUACGGUUAAUGCUGACUUUUAAUUGAAUAGACAGACAAUACAAAGGCUGACUUUUGUUUUAAUAUGCAGUCUCUCGUCCUAUAAUCUCUUUUAUUUAAAUGACGUAAUAGUACUUAGUUUAUACAUGUAUUUUCAUGGAUUAAGUCCCAAUCAUCGCGAAAUAUGGAAAAUACGUUUUUUUAUGUGAAAUGAACUGGAUCGAUAUAAUUAGGAUCUAAAAAUUAAUGUUAGUUUUUAUUUUUGUUCUGACAUUGCCCUUUGUGUAGUAUUAUCAAAUGGAUACAAAAUAUGUAAUUAUUGUCCAACAAGAGCAAAUCAUUUUUAUUCUCAUUUGACACGAUUACGAAUUUAAGACUAUAAGAUGAUAUUUUUAAUCGAAUUUGAGUCGAAGGUGCAUGAAAAUCCGUAUUUAAAACAAACAUUUGAGAACAGAAACUCUACGAAUGUUUCAAUACUAGCCUAAAAUGGCUUUUGUAUGUAUGUACAUAAUUUAUUAAAAUAAAAAAUGUGAAUUGUAAACAGCUGCUAAUAACUUUUAUGGUUUGAGGCCAAUAGUAAAUAUUUUCGAUGAAAUUUUUAUUUUAAAACUUUAUACAUAAUAAAUAUAAUUCGCAAAGUAUGUGCCUCGUUAGCAAAAAAUACAACCAGUACCUGUAAAACAUGAUUAUAUACAAAAUA